AUGACAAAAACUGAUAUCAAUAAUUUAAAAAGUUUAUUACUUCCAUCGGAAAAACUUAUAAAAGAAGAGUUAAAUUCUAAUAAUCAUAAUGAAAAAAUAUGGAUUCAUGAUUCACCAUUUAAAUUAUGUACAUUAAUAGAAGAAGGUAAUAAUAAUGAAGUAACAAUUGGUUAUAAAGAUAAUAAUGGUAUUUUUCAAAAGAAAAUUGUCAAAAAGCACUUAACUCAAUCUGUUAGUGCAAAUCAUUAUGUUGAUGAUAUGUGUAACUUAAGUGAACUUAAUGAAGCUUCAGUAAUAGCGUGUUUAAAAGCUCGUUAUGUUAAUGCAAACUUAAUACAUACUUAUUCAGGAUUAUUUUGUGUUUUUAUUAAUCCAUGGACAUCUUCUAUCUCAAAAAUAUACACUAAUGAUGUACAAGAUUUUUAUAAAAAUGAAUUUAAAGUAGAGAAAAUUCUCCCACCACAUAUUUAUUAUGUUGCAAUGUCAGCAUAUGAUGGUAUACUAUCUGGAAAUAAAAAUCAAUCUAUUCUUAUAACAGGUGAAAGUGGGGCUGGAAAAACAGAGAAUACAAAAAAAAUCAUUGAAUAUAUUAUAAGAGCAUCUGAUAGUUCAUCUACUAAAUAUAAUAAAUUACAAAAUGAUUUAAUUAAUAGUAGUAUUGUUUUAGAAGCUUUUGCUAAUGCUUCAACAAUUCAUAAUUCUAACUCAUCAAGAGUAGGAAAAUUUAUUAAACUUGACUUUAAUAAAAAUGGAAAAUUAAAUAAUGCAAAAAUCAAUUGUUAUUUAUUAGAAAAAUCAAGAGUUGUCUUUCAAAAUUCUGGAGAUCGUAAUUUUCAUAUCUUUUAUCAAAUGUUAUCUGGUGCAAUAGAUAUGAAAACUAAAAAAUCAUUAGGAUUAACAAAAUCAUCUAAUGAUUAUGAAUUUUUGUCACAUGGAAAUGUAAAAAAUGAUAAAUAUUUAGAUGACGAAGAAAAUGCACUAACUACAAUCAAAGCUUUAUCAAUAUUAGGUUUUUCUAAAGAGGAUAUAUCGCAAAUAUUUGAAAUUUUAUCUAUAAUAUUAUUUAUGGGAGAAAUAAAAUUUGGUGAAAGAAAAGGUUUAGAUAUGAGUUAUGUUGAAAGUAUGGAAUAUGUUUAUGAAAUUUGUCGUCUUACUAAAAUAGAUAGUUCAAAAUUUGUUGAUGCAAUUACUCAACCAACAUUAAAAAUUGGUGAUAAAUUAAUAAGAAAAAAUCAAAAUUUAAAAAAAACACUUUCAUCAGUUUUUGGUUUAGCAAAAUUAAUAUAUGAAAAAUUAUUUAAUUGGGUUGUUGAAAGAUGUAAUAAUUUAUUUAUAAAUAAUGAUAUUACUUCUAAUUCAACUUCUUUUAUUGGUGUACUUGAUAUGGCAGGAUUUGAAAUAAUGAAUAUUAAUAGUUUUGAACAAUUUUGUAUUAAUUAUACAAAUGAAAGAUUACAACAAUUUUUUAAUCAUUUUAUGUUUAUUAAAGAACAAUCAGAAUAUUUAUCUGAACAAAUUGAGUGGAAUGAGAUGAAUUUUGGUAUAGAUCUACAACCUACAAUAGAUUUAAUAGAAACACCAAUGGGAUUAUUAACAUUAUUACAAGAAGAGUGUAUUGUUCCCAAUGGUAAUGAUAUCUCAUUGUUAGAAAAAUUAACGACAAAACUUGAUGGAGAAAUAUUUCAAAAAGCAAGACAAUCUGUUAAAAAUAAUAAUAAUAGUCAUUUUACUAUAAAACAUUAUGCUGGCAAUGUUAGUUAUAAUAUUGAGGGAUGGGUUGAAAAGAAUAGAGAUACUGUUGAUAAUAAUGUAAUAGAAAUUAUGAAAACUUCAAAUCAUCCUUUAUUAAAAAUAUUUUUUGAUAAUUUUAAAAAUAACAAAAAUAUUAAGACAACAACAACUGUUACAUUAUUAUACCGUGAAUCUUUACAUAAUCUUAUUGAAAUUUUACAUACUACAAAUGCAAAUUUUAUACGUUGUAUUGUUCCAAAUUAUGAAAAAAAUGCAUUUGUAAUGAAUGAAACAUUAGUUUUAAAUCAAUUAAGAUGUAAUGGUGUUCUUGAAGGUAUACGAAUUUGUCAAAGAGGAUAUCCUAAUCGUAUGCCUUUUUGUGAAUUUAUUGAUCGUUACAAAUGUUUAAUUGCAUAUAAUUCAAAAGAAAUUCAAAAUUCUAUUCGUCGACAAGUUGCAUCUAAAAAUAGGGAAGCUGCUACAAUUCUUUGUGAUUUUAUUCCAAUUGAUAUAAAUGGAUAUAAAAUAGGAAGAACAAAAAUAUUUUUAAAAAUUGGAGUAAUAUCAGAACUUGAAAGUUUAAGAAAAAAAUAUUUAUUUGAUUGUAUAUCAAAAAUACAAGCUAUUUGUAGAUGGUAUAAAGAACAACAAAUUUUAAGAAUUAAAUACAAUAAAUGGGAUGCAGUAUUGACAAUUCAAGAUAAUGUUAGAGAAUAUAUUUACACUAAUGAAUGGGAUUGGUGGAAAUUAUUUUUAAAGGUAAAACAAAUAAUUCCUAUGAAACAAAAUGAAAAAAAAAUUAUUGAAUUGAUUGAUAAAAAUAAACAAUUAGAAAAAGAAUUGGAUAAUUUACAUGAAAUAUCAAGUAAGAUAGAAAAUGAAAUGAAAUAUUCUGAGAGGGAAAUAACAAUUCUUCGUGAAGAAUUAGAAUCAAAAGACAUUAGUUUUAAUGAUUUAAAAACAGAAUUUAAAAAUUCUGAAAAAUUACUUAAUUAUAUGAAAAAAAGAUUUGAGGAACAACAAAAUACAUUAGCUAAGAUGCAAAGUGUUUUAAAACAAAAUGAAAAAUUACUAGAUAAUUUAAAUGAAGAAAAAGGAAAUUUAGAAAAAGAAGUUUGUCAAUUAAAAAAAAGAUAUCAUUCUGAACAAACUUUACGCCAAAAAAUAGAAUGUGAGUAUGAGGAAUAUUAUAAAAAAUGUCAAUUGUUAGAAGAAAAACAUGAACAAUUAAUAGAAAAUUCUAAAAAUUAUAUUGAAUGUCUUCAUGAUAUGGAAAGUAAACUUGAUGAACAAAAAGAUUUAUCACAAAAACAAACGAAUGAAAUUGCUGAUUUACAACGAACUAUUGUGGAGUUAAAUAAUAACAUUAACAAAUUAGAAUUAAUGAUUUCUUCAGAAAGAAAUUCAAAAAGAAAAAUAGAAAAUUUGAAAGAUGAUAUGGAGGAACAAUUGGAAGACUUUAAAGAUAAAUUAGAAAGAUUGAAAACAAGAGAAGAAACAUUAAAAGAUCAAUGUAUUGAUAAAGAUAGAAGAAUUGAAAAAUUAGAACAAAAAAUUGAACAAAAAUCAGAUUAUAUGAAUGAAUGUAUAAAUGAAUUAAAAAAAAUGCAUAAAGAAGCACAACAAGAGAUGAAAAAUCAGCUUGAUGAGUAUCGUAGAAAAUGUUGUAAACUUGAACAAGAUAAUCGUACAUUAAAAAUUCGAGUUUCUGAUAUUGAUGAUAUACAUGAAAAGAGUAGUCAUGAAGAUACUGAUUCUUAUAGUAGUUAUAAAAGCAAUAGUCGAUUGGGAUCAAGACAACCAUCACUUCAAAGUAUGUCUUAUCAAAGUAGUACUUCAAAUAUGACUUCAUCAAGAUAUUCAUCACGAAGUUUACUUUUAAGAAGACGUGAAACUGAACCUGAUUUAUUUAUGACAUCAUCAAUGAUGUCAAAUGAAAAUUUAUCAAUAUAUGGAUCAUUAAAUCGUAGUCCAUCUUUCAAUAAUUCAAGAUAUACAUCUAAUGAUAUGGGAAAAGAGAAAAAAAUUUAUAAUCUUGAAAAACAAAUACAAAAUCUUAAUCAAGAAAAUCAAUUAUCAAAACGUGAAUUAGAUGUUUAUAAAACAAACUUGGCAGACAUAGAAAGAAAAAAUCAAAGUUUAAAAAGUCAAAUAAAUAUGUUGACGUCAGAAAACAACAAAUUUAAUGAAAAAGUUGAAAAACAAGAUGAUGAAAUUAUUUCAUUAGAGGAACGUUUAAAGAAAUGUCAAAAAGAAUUAAAUGUAUGGAAACAAAAAUGUGAAGAAAUGAUCAAUGAAUCAAGAAAUGAAAUUCUCAGUGUAAAAAAGAAAAGUGAGGAAAAAUUAAAAGAAGUAUGUCUUGAGUAUAACAAAAAAGUACAAUCAUAUACAAGUAAUGACAAAAAUAGAUUGAAAAUGCAAGAAGAACUUGAAGAAACUCGUGCAUUACUAGAUUCAACAACAGCACAGCUUCAUGAAAUUAAAAAACACAGUAAAUCUCAAUCAAUAUUAGGAGAUAACUGGGAAAAUAAAUAUAGAAAUUGUAUGAUAGAAUUAGAAUCUUUAAGAGAUGAAAAUGCUUCUUUAAAAAAUAAAAUUCGAAGACAAUAUAAAGAAAUUGAAUUAUUAACACAACAAAAUGAAAUAGAAGAAGAAUGUGCAUUAUUUGAAAAAAAAAUCGAUUCAUUUCAAGAACGUGUUCCUUCAUAA